UGCUGUUAGGGUGACUUGGGGAUGUGCUAUAUAUAUCCCGUGUGAAAAUCCAUGCGAAUGCACAUUAUGCUCGGCCAUCAAGGCACACGUCUUAAGUUUGAAGCUUAUCUUGAAUUCGCGGAGAGAACCUAUGUUGCAAGCUACGCGACCAUGUCAACUUUUAUUGUUUAUAUGUCAUUUUGUGUCCCCUUGCAUUUUUUCCUUGUUGUUAGACAGGGAAUAGCUGGUGAUAUCUUGCAGGUAAACUUGAUUAAGGGUUUAAAGAACACUCGAAGUGGUAUAUAUUAAUUUUGGUUGAAUGUAUAUAGAACAGAUGAACAGAUUGCUUGGAAACCAGCAAGGCGAAUUACCGGCCAAUUGAGAAACAAGCAAACC